AUGGCUUUCUCGAUUCCUACUGUUGCAAAGGCCUGGAGAUAUCCUCCUAGUCAGCCAUCCUCCUGGAACAGCUACCAUAGCCUCGAGCUUCGCAACAUCCCAAUUCCUGUACCUGGCAAGGGUGAGGUCCUGGUAAAGAUGCAUGCUGCUGCCUUGAAUAGUCGGGUAAAUCAAGAAAUUCGAACCGUUACUUAUCCGAGCUCCCCGAAAGGGUACACUAUGGGUCCUGAUGGCGGAGGGCUUAUCCCUACUUCCGAUGGUACUGGUGAGAUUGUUGCAGUCGGCGAAGGCGUAGCCGGGUGGGCCAUUGGAGAUCGGGUACACUCGCUUGUAUCCGAAAGCUGGGUUAGUGGACCACUUAAGCCGGAAUACUGGCCAACAGCGCUAGGGUCAGAGACUCAGGGGUGUCUGGCCCAGUACCGCAUAUUCCCAGCUGAAUUCAUACUUCCAAUUCCCGAUCACCUGUCAUACGAGGAGGCUGCUUCGAAUAUAUGUGCCGGCAUGACAGCAUUCCAUGCGCUGUUCGAUAGCGGGAAGCAGCUUCAAAACUCAACAGUACUUGUGCUGGGAAGUGGUGGUGUCUCAGUGCUUGGCGCUCAGUUUGCCAAGGCUGCUGGUGCGCGCGUCAUUGCCACCACUUCCUCACAGGAAAAGGCCCAAAAGUAUAAAGAUCUCGGGGUCGAUCAUGUGAUCAACUAUCGAGAGACUCCGAACUGGGUGGAAGAAGUGAAGAAAGUGACCGAUGGCCAGGGGGUUGACCAAGUGCUUGAGAUUGGCGGAAAGGGAACACUUAUGGGAGCAAUCAGAUCCAUGAAUGCAGGAGGGGUAGUUCAUCUGAUUGGCUCAUCCCAGGAUGACACCCCGAUCACUGGCUUUUUCGAUCUUACAGUUGCUCUCAUGUCAUCUGAAAUCAAGCUUAAUGGAGUGGCGGUUGGAGGCAAAGACGUUGGACAAAGACUCGACUCGUUCCUUUCUCAGCACAACCUCAACCCCUUUUUAGAUCCGAAGGUGUUCGGAUGGCACGAUGCCAAGGAAGCCUUUGCUUAUCUCGAGAGCGGAGCGCAUUUUGGGAAAGUAGUAGUUAGGAUCGACUGA